AUGUAUCUUAGGAGUGGCUUUCUGGUAGAGGCGUCGAAGUCUUCUGAGAAUUUUGGACCCCUAAGUCGGAAAUCCCACAGUCAAGAGCAAGAGCAAGAGCACAAGUUCUAUCUUUUCUCGCCUUUAGCACUGGACUGUGGAGGAAAUCAUCGCACCAGAGCCCUCGUAGAGCGACGAGUGGAACCAGUGCAGCCUUAUGCCAUGGUGUUGAAGACAUUGAGCCCGACAACCUUUGGACAUCAGCUGCACCAGGGUUGUGGUAUCCAGUAG